AUGCCGAUAAAACUUGAACGAAAACAUGCAUUUCCAAUAGCACUUGUUCCAUUGAUGCUUGCAGUCGGCUUUAUUCUUUUUAAAUUGUUCACAGCAAGUAAAGUAACAAAUCCAGAAACGGGACGAACGCAUCGAAUCGGUCUCAAUCCUGAACAAGAACAAAAAUUGGGUUUAGAAGCUUAUGCUCAAGUCCGACAUGAUGAAGCAUCAAAAUUAGUUCAAAGUGGAUCUGAAGUUGAAUUGGUCAAACUAGUAACGGCCAAACUUGCCAAAGCAGCUGCUCGAAAGGGUGAUAUACAUUACGAUUGGGAGGUGAGCGUCAUUCGAUCGGCUGAAGUGAAUGCCUUUUGUUUACCUGGUGGAAAGAUCGUUGUCUAUACGGGUAUUUUACCUGUAACACAACAUGCAGCAGGAUUGGCCACAGUACUCGGUCACGAAAUGGCUCAUGCGACAUCAAGACAUGGUGCUGAACGACUCUUUCGUACAGAAAUUACUCAAACACUAUUGGGUGGUGUACAAGGUAGUCUUGCUCAAAUGGAUCCAGUAAAGAGACAGGCAAUCAUGGCUGCAUUGGGUGCUGGUACUAAAUAUGGAAAUACAUUACCAUUUUCUCGUGAACAAGAAUCGGAAGCAGAUCAUAUUGGUUUAUUGUACAUGGCUCGCGCUGGUUAUGAUCCUCAAGAAGCAGUUGCUUUUUGGCAACGAAUGGAUGCUCAACGUAGAAAAGGAUCGACGCCUGAAUAUCUCUCUGAUCAUCCAUCACAUAGUACACGAAUUGGUCAAAUUGAAAAAUGGAUGCCUGAAGCACAAAAAGAAUUUGUUCAAUAUAAUCAUGCACCGGCUGCAUAA